AUGGCUAUCAUCAUCUUCGUCCUCUUCUACAUUUUCUUCCCUGUCCAUGGCUUAACCGGCGGUUCAUUCUUAUCCGUCGAAAACAACGACGACAUUUUAGUUUCGCCAAAUGGGCUUUUCACCGCCGGUUUUCAUCAGGUCGGACAGAAUGCGUAUUGCUUCGCUGUCUGGUUCUCCGAUGAACUCAUCACCGAAGGUCGAACCGUCGUCUGGAUGGCUAACCGAGAUGAACCGGUGAACGGAAUAAACUCGAAGCUUUCCUUAUUCAAAGAUGGCAAUCUUGUUUUAACUGAUGCUGACCAAUAUAUUAUUUGGUCAACACAGACAAAGUCAACUUCUUCUUCCUUGUACCUGCAACUCCAUGACACAGGUAACCUUGUCCUCCAUGAACGAGAACAAACUAUUUGGCAAAGCUUUGAUUAUCCAACAGAUACCCUUCUUCCAAAUCAACCAUUAACCAAAAAUACACAGCUUGUUUCCUCAAGAAGCUCCACUAAUUGCUCAUCCGGUUUCUACAAGCUCUAUUUCGACAUUGAUAGCAUUCUUCGCCUUCAUUACGAAGGUCCAGAAUCAACCACUAUUUUCUGGCCGGAUCCUGGUUUGCUACCAUGGGAAGUCAGGAGAUACCAGUACAUGUACAAUCGAUCUGCCACCCUUGAUUCCGAUGGUCGAUUCAACUCAUCAGACGGUUUCGGAUUCUUAUCGGCUGAUUUCGGGGUCGGACCACAAAGAAUGAUGAGAAUCGACUACGACGGUGAUCUGAGACUAUACAGUCUCAUUGAGCAUCAAGGAAGAACGAAAUGGGAAAUUCAAUGGCAAGCUGUUUCCCAUUCUUGCAGGAUUCAUGGUAUCUGUGGAGCAAAUAGUCUCUGUAUUUAUUCUUCAGGAAGAAGAAGAUGCACUUGCUUACAUGGGUACAAAAUGGUGAAUUCUAAAGAUUGGAGCUCCGGGUGUGAACCUGAUUUUGAAGUUUGUAAACCCGACGAUGAAGCUUUCGUGGAGCUUCGUCAUGUAGAAUUCUACGGAUUUGAUAUGCGGUAUCACGAUAACUACACUCUUGAUGCUUGCAAGAAAGAUUGUUUACAAGAUUGUAAUUGCAAAGGGUUCCAGUUUGGAUACAAAGAUGAUGUGGGAACUUAUUAUUGCUACAUAAAGACUUCUCUAUACAAUGGAUACCAAAUGGGGUUCUACAAUUCGAUGUAUAUCAAGUUACCUAAAUCGUUGGUGUCAUCUUUUGUUCCGAAAGCCAUCGAGAAGUCAAGCCUCCGGUGCACCGGCGGGAAGGUGACGCAGAUAAUAAGAUCGUACGAGAAGAAACAGGAAAGUAAGAUACUUAAGUUCGUGCUUGAGUUGGGAUGCGUGAUUGGGUUUAUCGAGAUCAUUGGCAUAUUGUACUUCUGGUAUAAGAGCUGUAAACGCUCAGUUACGACGGAGCAAGUUUAUUUUCCGGCAGCCACAGCAUUCAGGAAGUUCACGUACAGUGAGCUGAAAAAGGUUUCACGUAAUUUCAGUGAAGAGAUAGGUAGAGGUGGCGAAAGCAUCGUGUAUAAAGGAAGAUUACCGGAUAACCGGAUUGCAGCGAUCAAGAAGCUCAAGAACACAAACCACCACAAUGAAGACGAAUUUCAAGCGGAGAUCGACACAAUCGGGAGAUUAAAUCACAUGAAUCUGAUCGAAACAUGGGGUUAUUGUGCUGAAGGAAAGCACAGACUUAUCGUUUACGAGUACAUGGAGAACGGAUCUUUGGCCGGAAAUUUACUCAUCGGAAAACUGGAUUGGGAGACAAGAUUCGAAAUCGCGAAAGGAACAGCCAAAGGGUUAGCUUAUUUACACGAAGAAUGCUUGGAGUGGGUUCUUCAUUGCGACGUGAAACCUCAUAACAUACUCUUGGAUGCUAAUUGCAAUCCAAAGGUGGCGGAUUUUGGUCUUUCGAAGCUAUUGGAUAGAGAUCGAACUGACAAAUCAAACUUUCCAACAAUCCGAGGGACUCGAGGCUACAUGGCUCCAGAAUGGGUGUUUAAUCUUCCGAUCACUUCAAAAGUUGAUGUGUUUAGCUACGGGGUUGUGAUACUGGAGAUGAUAACUGGCCGGAGUCCAGGGCGGCGAAGCCAUGAAAAUGGCGACACAGACCUUUCGGUGACUGAGUGGGUGAGAGAUAGGAUUCAAGAGUUUGAUGGAAGUGGAAGGGAAUCAUGGGUUGAGCUGAUCGUAGAUCCUUCGAUAGGUGGGGAAUAUGAUCGGAGCACCAUGGAAAACCUGGUUAAAGUUGCACUGCAAUGUGCGGAGGAAGAUAUGGAGGCGCGACCCUCGAUGAGUCAGGUAGUUAAUAUGCUUCUACAUCCAGAAAAAGAUUUGUAA